UCUUAUAAGAGUACAUAUAAUAAUUUACUAAUUUAAUAAAAAUUCAAAAUUACAAUGCUUUAGCAAUAAAGAAUUAAAUUCAUCAAACAAAACUGUAAGUUUGGAUGUUACUCAAACUUCACAAGGACCACUUACUACAAGUUAUGUAAUCAAAUCGCAACGGCAAAAACCAAAACAAGCAGUUGCGAUUUAUUUUGCUCCAACAAAACAACGACCCGAAAUGGCGCAAACUGAGAUAUUGUUGUGCAAUCAUGCAGAUUUACCAAUGCUUUUCAAACUUCGUUCUGAUGCACUUUCUAACAUUACGGCUUUACCAGCAGGAAGUGGUUGUAUUCCACCGCGUGCAGAACAACGAUCAGAACUGCAUUCAACAGACAGAAACGAAGAAACAGAAGAAUUACCUUUAACUAAAUUUACAUUUGAACAACAAAAAGAAGCACCAAGUCCUUCAAAUAGAUCAAAACUCGAUGAGCAAUAUUCAAAGACAUCAUCGACAAGUGAAAGCAAAGCCCAAGAAAUCGCAACUGAAAAGUUAGAUAUUUUUGUCAACUGGAUACAACAACAUCCAUUGGAAGCAAUGAUGCUUUUAUUAUUUUUCAUAGCACUUUUUUUUGCAAUUCUUGAUGAAGCAUAA